GCAGGAAUCGGAGUGGCGAGAGUACCCGGAACGAGAGAGAGAGAGAGAAAAAAAAACUCUUAGCGUCGUGCGUCCCGCCUGCGAAACGCUACACCCGCAAUCUCAAUAGCAACUUAUAUUACCCGGCCUCAUCGUCUUCAAGAUCGUCUAGGAUCGUGAAGAGGGGUCUCGGGGGAGUUGUGUUCAAUUGGCAAAUCUUCAAGCUGCGUUAGCCUUCAAUUGAAGCUGGCCGACUUUGCCUCGUCGGUGCUCACUUGCCCUUCUCUCUCAGGCACAACAAUCAUAAUCCGGCCCAUCUCAAUCAACUCGGGGUUCAUUACGACGGUGUUGUAGACCUCACAACUCCAGCAUCCCGCCGUGUCAGCGGCGCCGCCAACAUCAUGGACGCCUCUAAGAAGGAAAUGCUCGACGAAGCCGGCGCCGGCCUCAGUCCCGGCGUAAGCUCCCCAGACAUGGCGGCCCGUGACCCCGAUCCCGUCGACGCCGCCGCCGAGAAGAAGAUCGUCCGGAAACUAGACAUGCAUAUCAUCCCGCUCGUGAUGCUCCUCUACCUCUUCAGUUUCCUCGACCGCGUCAACAUCGGCAACGCCCGCCUCUACAACCUCGAACGCGACCUCGACUUGCAGGGCAACCAAUUCCAGGUCGCGGUCUCGAUUCUAUUCGUUACAUACAUCGUCUUCGAGGUUCCCUCUAACCUCGUCCUUAAGCUCUUUACCCCGUGCCGCUGGAUCGCCUUCAUCACCGUUUCCUGGGGCAUCAUCGCCACCCUCACCGGCCUCGUCAACUCGUACGGUGCCCUGAUCGCCUGUCGCUUGCUCCUCGGCGUCGUCGAGGCCGGCCUCUUUCCCGGCCUCAACGUCUACCUCACCUUUUUCUACAGCAAGCACGAGCUCGCUCUGCGCGUGGGCUACCUAUUUGUCAGCGCCGCCAUCGCCGGCGGGCUGGGUGGCCUGCUGGCCUACGGCAUCGGCCACAUGGAGGGUGUGGCCGGGAUGAGCGGAUGGCGCUGGAUCAUGAUCAUCGAAGGCCUCCCGACGGUCAUCAUCGGGGCGGUGACGUAUUUCGCGCUGCCUAACGACGCAGGGACCGCGUACUUUUUGACGGACGAGGAAAAGGCUAUCAUGGCGAGGCGGAGGGGGCGGGAGUAUGGCAACACGAGCAGCGCGCAGGAGUUCAGCAGGGAGGACAUGUUCAAGGCGUUCAAGGACUGGAAGGUCUGGGUCUUUAGCGUCGCGCAGUUUGGCGCCGACACAAUGCUUUACGGCUUCUCGACGUUCCUCCCGACCAUCAUCAACGGCCUCGGGAAAUGGACGCCGGCGCAGGUCCAGCUGCUGACCGUGCCAUGCUACUUCCUCGGCGCCGUGGUCUACAUGAGCAUGGCCUUCCUCUCGGACCGCAUGCAGAAGCGUGGCCUGUUUUGCGUGAUUUUCGGCGGCAUCAGCGCCAUCGGCUACGGUGUGCUCAUCUCUCCGGCGUCGAACGGGGCUCACUACUUUGGGUGUUUCCUCGUGGCGGCGGGGCUGUACGUCGUCGUCGGGUUGCCGUUGGCUUGGUUGCCAAACAAUUGCCCGAGAUACGGGAAGCGGACGACCGCUAGCGGUAUGCAGCUGACAAUCGGCAACUGCUCUGGUGUCAUGUCAUCCUUCAUCUACCAAGCGAUCGACAGGCCCAGGUACAUCCGUGGCCAUGCGGUGACGCUGAGUAUGGUCGGCAUGGCCACAUGCCUUUAUGGCUUCAUGUGGUUUUGGUACUGGCGGGAGAACAAGCAGCGCGAGGCCGGUCACAUCCAGAGCAAGCACGCCGACCUUUCGGAUGACGAAAUGGCCGAGCUGGGUGAUGAUAGCCCGCGUUAUCGGUACACCAUCUGAGUAUGAGGAUGCUGAGGUGAGGGGAGAGAUGGCGCAUGGGGAGAUUAAAGCUUGGGGGCUAUAGAAAUGAGAAACGGAACGAAGAAACACCCCA